AAUAAGCCAUUAGCGAUUUUGCAGAGAGUACUUUAAAACUAGGCUUGUGGAUUUUUUUAUUUGCGCUAUUCUUUUGCAAAAUAAAAUCAAUUUAAAAUUUAUUCCAACCUGUUAGCAUACCAAACACAGUGACUAUUUCAAUAAAUUCUUGGCCUAUUCGGCCUAUUCUUAUCGAAAGCAUUGAAUCGAAGUUGUCGAUAUAAUAUAUAGUUGCCCCUGCUGUUUUGUUUAUUUGUGUACAACACAUUUCAAUGGCGAAGCGAUCUGAGGUGGACCUUAAAAAAGAGGAUCUUGUAGAAGAUAUCGACGCUUAUUCCUAUAAAGCGAAAAUACUGAUUGAAAAUCAAGCCGAGUCACUUAAAUACAAGGUCAAGGAUAUUUUGAAAGAAGCCUCGCAAAAAGUGGUGAAUGCCGUCUUAUAUAACAAAGACGGGGAAGAGCCUGUUGAUGAUAUUGUAAAGCUAUGUAAGAAUGGAGUAAAUUUUUCACUAAUCAACAAUUUUGUAGCAUUUCAAGCGGGAAAUUCAUGCGAUUUCGGUGACAUUGUUUAUCUACCAAACGGUUUGGAAUCAUUUAGUUGGAAGAAAGCCAAGAAGUUUGACAAAUCUAUGGUAGUUGAGGGCUUAUGUGUUUCAGAGUAUUCUAAGUCUCUUUAUGUAGCACUAUGCAAUGACGAAGAAUCUUUUUCUUGCAUCUAUAAGGGUCGUGAUUCAGAAUUGUUAUUUUAGUUUGGGUGUUUCUAAACAAACUUUCCGAAAUAUAAGCGUAAUUCAAGAAAGCCAGAAUUUUUAACUACAAUUUUUUUCGUUAAAAACAAACCUUGCAAAAAUGUUAUUCUGGGCACAAAUAGGCUUUUUAUAUUCAAAUUUUGUAAAUAUUAACUAUUCUGAAUCACGCGUAGAUGUCGUUAAGCGGUAAAUUUCCCGUAAGAAUACUAGAACUGGAAAAGCGCUUAAAAGACGUUGCAGCCAAAAAUGGGAUCGUAUAUGCAGCAAACUAUACUGACGAUGAAAUAAUAUUUGCAAAUGAAGUUGAUUUCGAAUUUCAAACUUGGAUUGAAUUAGAAAAUGUUUGGGGUCUCUACACAGUUGACCGUUACCUAAUGGCUGUAAGCAAGGACACAAUUAUUAAAUAUGAUUUCAGAAAAGAGAGGCACUGGAAAAGUUUUGUGCAGGAUGCCUGCAGAACUUGUGUCUUAGGAGAUCUUGUUUACAUAACCAGGAUGGGAAAUAGUAGCUUAACGAUUUUAAACUUUAAAGACGGCUCGAACAUUUGUCAAAUUGAAAAUUCGCUUUUGGAAAAUCCUUUGGGUGUUUGCGAAUUUUUUACUGAAGCUGUAUUAGUGGCAAAUAAUGAACGAAAAUGUUUGGAUCUUUUUAACAAAAGAGGCGAAUUGUGCCAAAGCAUUACCCUCAAAUUCGAGCCGUCCUUUAUACGUUUAUCAGCUGUUCAGAGUCAAAUUUUCUUAUACGUUGUUGAUUCUGAAUCGCCAACAGUCCACUUUUUUAUCAAAAAGAUUGAAAAAAAUUGA